AUGGCUUUGACCCAAGAAUCGGUUUUGUCUUUUUUGCUGGAGCGCGGAGGCAAAGUGAAGAACUCGGAGCUGCUGAACAAUUUCAGGAGUCAGAUCAGCUGCAGCGAUCCCGCGGAAAAGCAGCACAAUAGGGACCUCUUCAAGAAGUUGGUGAACAGCGUCGCCGUGGUCAAGCAGCUCGACGAGGUGAAGUUUGUGGUCGUGAAGAAACGCUAUCGGGACUUUGUUCGAGAGGCAGCGCACGAUGCGACGCAGAAAACGCCGAUGGAUGACAGCUGCUCGAGCCAAAAUACGAGCUUUUCCUACACAUCUCCUCAUCGAGCCGAGUCGGCCAGGAUGACUUACUCUGACAUUCAGAAUAAUAACGUGUGCUAUCCCUCAAACAGAAAAGACAAGCAUUAUAGUGAUGCCAAACGUAUGUCUGCAGGGAGUGUGCAGGAAAGGAGGCCGCUAUCAAGACACGUUAGUGCGGAGGCAACUACUGUCAAAGUCCUGAAUAUCUCCGGAGAUCAGGCGAGCAGAGCGAGGAAAUCUGGAGCUGUGUUCGCUGUCAUAGCGGUAAAAUCCCCCCAGAGAGACCCUGCACCAGUAACACAGGAUGGGUUACAUUCCCAUGUACAUCAGAGUAAAGCUUCAGACAAGCCAUCCGUGCAAACCCUGAACUUUCCAGCCUGCAAGAAGGGUGCACCAAGUGACUCCCCAUGUUGGACAAACAGACAGGCAGAGGACAUGCAGCCCCCGGGGUUUCCCCAGGUGAGGCCCCAAAACAAGAGCACAAGACAAGGAGAUGAGGCAAAGUACUCUGAGUCUGUGCCUCUGGAGCCCUUAGCUCAUGAGUGGUUGGUUAAGUGUGCUGCAGGCCUGUGGGGACAAAUCUAUGGUCUGCUGCUGCAGGAUGCGCGCUUAGCACAGAAGAAAGACUUCAUGUCGGGUUUCACAGCACUGCACUGGGCUGCCAAGGACGGCAACAGCGAGAUGAUACACAAGCUCGUGGACGUCUCCAGGAAAAGAGGCACGUGUGUUAACGUCAACAGCAAAGCACACGGGGGAUACACACCUCUACACAUCGCAGCCAUACACGGACACACUGAAGUGAUGCUCUUGCUUGUGCGAAGUUAUGGAGCCGAUGUAAACGAGAGAGACAACGAUGGCAAGAAGGCCUUCCACUACCUGGGCAGAGGUGUGCCGCCUGAGGUCAGAGCACUCUUGGGAGGACUGCAGCAGAGCAAGUUCAGGGUGAAGACAGACAAUGAAGAAUGCAGAGAGCACCCGAAAGGCUUCAACACCAUUAGCAAACUGUUCCAGCCUCACAUAGGGAAGAAACAAAAGACCACAACCAAGUUUGCUCAGGACUGGUGA